UAUUCAGUUGCUUUCGAAACCCACGCGCGCACACUACGUGGAUCGACUGAGUUGCUAAAAGAAUCUCGUUGAGAUAAAUUGCUUUGAAUAAUGUAUCGUGUUAGUAGCACUACAUAUUUGGAAUAGCAUAUUGUGGAAUAAUGCCCGGAAGCAUAUCCGUCUUUGAAUAUAUUCUGAAUUUAAAUGCAGAGUGAAUAGUCAUUGAAGAAGAAAAACGGCAAAGGUGGAUAAUAGAAGUUAACGAAAACUGUUAUUCACACAUCACAUAUACAACGUGCACAUGUGCAUUAGUAUUGGCAAAAUUAAAAAGUAGUUGCGGCUUAACGGUGGCUUCUUAUGCGCCACGUCUUAAAUACAAAAGUUUGAGAACUUGAAUAAAACGGCUUAAUUGAAGGCAGCUCCGGAAGGACACUCAAAAUGUUCAAUCGAAUUGAAAGUUAAAUCAAAAGUAUAAUCAAAAUUUCUUUUCAACUGUAAAGAACUAAAAAGUGAUAUAUGUGAAGAAUCAUGUCAACAUGACAGAUCCCAAUAGGAAUUAUAAUCCGAAUCGUGAUCCAAAUCCAAAUAAUACCAAUGGCAAUCACAAGUCAAGAAAUGGUGCACCACAAGCGGAGUCAGCUAGCUGCUCUACUAGAGUCAAUCCCGCCUACGAUUCCGGUUCCGGUUCCGGUUCGGGCAGAAGAUUUCAACUGCCUCCGGCCUGGGCAACGAUGCCGGAGAAAUUCCAAUUGUGGUGCCAGGACUGCCUGCGCCGGCUGAGAGGUGAAGCCUUGAGGCACACAGCGACGACAAGACCCACAAGCUUUGCACCGGAUGCCGGCACAAACACCGGAGAGACCGACGAGCACGCAGUCCACUAUGUGGAGAACAGCAGCGAAAGUAUCACCGAAGCCGAUGGCGCCACUGCCCCACGGCCACUGCCAAAGAGGGAGGGGGAGAAAUGUGAAUGGCUCUCGAACGUCAAAAGCCAUAUCGUGGAGAAAAUAUUCAAGAGGAAGCGCAAAUGUAAAGAUGAUGAUGAAGAGCCUCCGAACUUUGGCAGUUACGCGUCGACUGACGACGAGAAACGCAUCAUUGUGCUGAAUGGGUCGCAGCCAACAAAAUAUUGCAAUAACCGAAUAUCAACGGCUAAAUAUAAUGUCCUCACCUUUAUACCGUCGUUUCUCUUUGAGCAAUUUCGACGAUAUUCCAAUAUAUUUUUCUUACUAAUUGCAUUAUUACAACAAAUUCCGGAUGUAUCGCCAACGGGUCGCUACACCACACUGGUGCCACUCGUAUUUAUACUCUCAGUAAGCGCCAUUAAGGAAAUUAUUGAGGAUGUAAAACGACAUCGUGCUGAUAAUGAAAUUAACCAUCGCUUGAUUGAACGGCUAGAAAAUGGCGCUUGGACCACUGUACGGUGGUCCGAGCUGACAGUUGGGGACAUUAUAAAGGUGGUCAUCGAUACAUUCUUUCCUGCCGACUUAAUAUUGCUAUCGUCUAGUGAACCGCAGGGUAUGUGUUUCAUUGAAACUGCAAAUCUGGAUGGAGAGACAAAUUUGAAGAUUCGCCAAGGUAUGACGUCGACAGCCAAAUUAUUGGACACAAAAGACUUGACGCAAUUACAGGGAAAAAUCGAAUGUGAACUGCCGAAUCGGCUGUUGUACGAGUUUAAUGGUGUGCUCAAGGAGUAUGGCAAACCGUUGGUUCCUUUGGGCAAUGAUCAGGUGCUGCAGCGCGGUGCCAUGCUGAGGAACACGGCUUGGAUAUUUGGCGUCGUCAUCUACUCCGGACAUGAAACGAAACUGAUGAAGAACUCAACAUCUGCCCCGCUUAAGCGUUCGACUGUUGAUAAGCUGACCAAUACACAGAUUUUGAUGCUGUUCAUGAUAUUGAUCACACUCUGCAUAACGAGUGGAUUGUGCAAUUUGUUUUGGACGCAAAAACAUUCCAUAACGGAUUGGUAUCUGGGCAUUGGAGAUUUCGUGAGCUUGAGUCUCGGCUACAAUCUGUUGACCUUUUUUAUUUUGUACAACAAUUUGAUACCCAUUUCGUUGCAAGUGACUUUGGAGCUGGUGCGUUUUCUGCAGGCGAUCUUCAUUAACUAUGACAUCGAGAUGUAUCACGAGGAAUCGAAUAUGCCAGCUAGUGCACGCACCUCGAAUCUCAAUGAGGAGUUGGGCCUGAUCAAGUACAUUUUCUCGGACAAGACGGGCACAUUAACGCGGAAUGUAAUGGAGUUCAAGAAAUGUUCCAUUGCCAAGCGCAUUUAUCAAACGGAGCACACACCCGAGCAAUCAGAGUUGGUACAGAAUAUAUUGCGAAAGCACGAAUCCUCUAGGGACAUAGAGGAGUUUCUCGUCUUGUUAUCCGUGUGCCAUACGGUUAUACCAGAGAAAAAGGAGGAUGGCAGCAUUAUUUACCAUGCCGCCAGUCCAGAUGAACGAGCUUUAGUCGAUGGAGCUCGCAAGUUUGGCUACAUUUUUGAUACACGCACGCCAGAAUAUGUGGAGAUAAAUGCUUUGGGCAAGCGACUGCGUUACGAAGUCCUGAAUGUCCUAGAAUUUACGUCGUCAAGGAAACGCAUGUCGAUCAUAGUACGUACGCCCGGGGGACGAAUUAAGCUCUUUACCAAAGGUGCCGAUUCGGUUAUAUACGAACGUCUCUCUCCCAGAGAUCAAUCGUAUCGAGAGUCAACGUUGCAGCAUUUAGAAGAGUUUGCCUCGGAAGGUUUGCGUACGCUUUGUCUGGCCGUGGCGGAUAUUGAUGAUGAAGUUUAUGAGGAAUGGACGCAGACACAUCACAAGGCAUCGAUCGCAUUGCAGUAUAGGGAAAGCAAGCUGGAAGACUCUUGUAACCUAAUUGAGACCAAUUUACGUCUGUUGGGUGCAACGGCUAUUGAGGAUAAGCUACAGGAAGGCGUGCCAGAGACAAUUGCCGCUCUACUCGAAGCUGGCAUAUACAUUUGGGUGCUAACGGGCGAUAAGCAGGAGACGGCCAUCAACAUUGGCUACUCCUGCAAAUUAAUCUCACACAACAUGGACAUCCUCAUACUCAAUGAGGGCAGUUUGGACGCCACACGAGAUGCUGUGCUGCGACAUGUGGACGAAUUCAAGACCACCUCGACCAAGGAUGCAAAUGUGGCGCUGGUCAUCGAUGGUAAAACAUUGAAGUAUGCCCUGACCUGUGAUCUGCGAGGUGAUUUUCAGGAGCUUUGCCUCGUGUGUCGUGUCGUCAUCUGUUGCCGCGUGUCACCCAUCCAAAAAGCCGAAGUUGUUGACAUGGUCACACAGAGCACGAAAGCCGUAACCUUGGCUAUUGGAGACGGCGCCAACGAUGUGGCUAUGAUUCAGAAAGCAAGCGUGGGCAUUGGCAUUUCAGGCGUUGAGGGUUUGCAAGCGGCCUGCGCCUCCGACUAUUCAAUUGCCCAGUUUCGAUUUUUGCGUCGUCUCAUUCUCGUUCAUGGCGCCUGGAAUUAUGCGCGAAUCAGCAAGCUAAUCCUCUACAGUUUCUAUAAAAAUGUAUGCUUAUAUGUGAUUGAGCUCUGGUUCGCCCUAUACUCUGGCUGGUCAGGUCAAAUUCUGUUCGAACGCUGGACCAUUGGUCUGUACAACGUUGUCUUCACGGCCAUGCCACCAUUUGCAAUUGGACUCUUUGAGAAGUUCUGUACGGCAGAAACAAUGCUUAAGUAUCCGCUGCUCUACAAGCCCUCACAGAAUGCCAAACUCUUCAAUGUACGCGUGUUUUGGAUUUGGAUCUUCAAUGCCCUGCUACACUCUGUGUUUCUCUUCUGGCUGCCACUGUGCGCCUUCGAGACGGAAGCGAUUUGGUCCGACGGCAAGACUAGCGAUUAUCUGAUGCUCGGCAACAUGGUCUACACGUAUGUAAUUGUGACUGUUUGCUUGAAAGCGGGCUUAAUUACCAGCUCAUGGACUUGGCUAACGCAUGCCGCCAUUUGGGGAUCGAUUCUGCUCUGGUUCUUGUUUGUGGUGAUCUAUAGUCAUAUCUGGCCAUCGUUGAAUUUUGCGAGUAACUUUGCUGGAAUGGACAGUCAGCUGCUGUCGACGCCUGUAUUUUGGCUGGCUUUAAUUCUGGUACCCAUUACCAGUCUGCUGAUCGAUGUCAUCUGCAAGCUCAUACAUAAUACCGUAUUCAAAACUCUGACGGAUGCUGUACGUGAGUCGGAGAUACAGCGUAAUGAUCCGUCACAGGUGAUGGAAGAGUCGCGCUCCUCGGAAUAUCGUUUUAAGCAUGAUUUGGACCAGAGAUCGAGUACGAAAAGGCAGCAAUCUCAGGCGAGAUACUUCAAUUCAAGGCAGAGUGUAGAAUUUUCAGCUCGUCAUCUACGUGUCGAGCACCUGGAUUUCGAUGAGGAUCUGGAUAGCAGGGAUCAGCAACGUGAAUUCUAUAGACGCCGACAGCGCUGGCAGGGCAGUGAGAUUCUGCACAUGUAGCUAGAAGAAGCUGGGAGGAGAGCAAGUUCCUGUGUCUCUAUAUACCAUAUAUGUAUAUAAUAUUUGU